UGUGUUUAUCGCUGAGAAAUAGUUCUGCCUUUCCUUCGAAAUCGGUUCGAACGGAAGCAUCUUUAGGCAAUUGGAUCGCCUAGUAUCAGAUGCCAACCGGCAAUUGAUUUCACUGAGUGACAGAAACGGUGAAAGAGCUAGGAACAAGACGAAAGACAUAUCUUAGGUGCCAAGUUGUACUCUCCAUACGGCCGCACCUCCAGACCUACCACGCAGAUAUCCACCUUGCAAACCUCACACCAAGUCCUCACCAGGCUGUAUCCACCCCCUCACCCUGACAAUGUCGUGGCUUCUAGGCCACAGCAAAACAACCUACACAUCCCACUCCUCCCCAACUCCCCUCGAAACCAAGUCCGGCUCAAAAACCACCUUGCCAGAAAUCGCAAAAUCCUCAAUCCCACCAUGCCGUCUGAACCCUUUCCUCUUCAACGGCCACUUGCAGACUAUGUACACAGCCGUCAAAGACCCAGGACCACCCAUCUACUACAAGCGUCAAAUUUUCGACUCGAACCACUCUGUCUAUCCCGGAACUUUUGCCGUGGAUUUUGUCGUCAGCAAGGAGGAGGGAGAUGCAUCUGCUUCACGGAUGAAAGAAGACAAAGAUGAUACCGAACUGCCCGAACGAACGACAAACUUCACCGCUAAAGAGUGGGAAGGAAUCAGCAGUGACGACGACAAGCCAAUGCUAAUAGCGCUCCACGGCCUAACAGGCGGGUCUCACGAAGUCUACCUCCGCGAAACCCUCUACCCGCUGCUGACCUCUUCGACGCAACCCUGGGCCGCCUGCGUCGUCAACGGGCGCGGCUGCGCGCUAUCCAAAAUCACCACGCCGCAGCUCUUCAACUCGCGCGCAACCUGGGAUCUCCGCCAGGUCAUCACAACGCUGCACGAUCUGUUCCCCAACCGGCCUCUGUACGCCAUCGGCUUCAGUCUAGGCGCCAACAUCCUGACCAACUACUGCGGCGAGCAAGGCGCAAGUUGCACUCUCAAAGCAGCAGUCUCGUGUUCGAACCCUUGGAACCUAGAAGUCUGCAACACGACGCUGCAAUCCACGUACCUGGGCCUGCACAUCUACUCGCGCACCAUGGGCAAGAACCUCAUGGGCCUGUUCAGGAGACACCGCGACCAGAUACUGCUGAAUCCCGGUAUUGACGAAAAAGCCCUCCUAGCAUCCAAGUACCUCCACGAAUUCGAUAGACAUGUCCAGUGUCCUACUUGGGGUUACCCAACCGAAGGCGCGUAUUAUAGAGACUCGCAAUCCGUAGAUGCGGUACUGGCUAUCCGCAUCCCUUUCCUGGGCAUCAACGCGGAAGAUGAUCCGAUUAGUAAUAAAGCGGGCUUGCCGUACCAGGAGGUGUUGCAGAACCCGAAUACGCUGCUUGUUACGACGGAUUGGGGCGGUCACCUGGGCUCGUUCCAGUUGGGUGGCGGGCGCUGGUUCGCGACUGCUGCUGCUUCUUUCUUGCAGAAGAUGCAUGGCGAGGUGAAUUUUGAAGCUACGAAAGGUGUUGAUGGGGGAAAGGAUGUGAAUAUGGGAGGGUUGGAGGGAAAGCAGUAUCCUAUCUUUGAUCCUAAUCACAGGAGGCUGAUAUUGCCUGAUGCUUAGACGUAAAUUGAUAGAUUGGGCAGCCUUGGAGAGUUUUGCAUUGGAUUGUGAAAACUUGUUUUGGGGGUAUCAUAGACUUUUAGAUAUGCGUAGAUCCUGUACAGCACUUUAGACCUCACUCUUUUUUUGUUCUU